AUGGACGAGAGAGAGAGUGAUGAUGAAUCAAAAAAUUGUGUCUCGAGCUAUUUUAAUCCUUCUUGGACAGAAUGCGUCGAGAAUUGUCGGAUUAAUACCAUGAAGUAUGAAAAAUGUUGUGGCGGCCCUAAACAUACUUUACCUGUCGGAUCUGAUGCCGGAGAUUAUUUUAAAUUGCUUUUCACGAAUGAUAUGUGUGAAAAAAUUCGUGAAAACACAAACAAAUAUGCAGAAUUUGUGCACUCAGCAACAUUGAAUGAAUGGGAGCCGACUGGUAACAAAAAAUGGCGAUGGAAUCCAGUUACGGACAUAGCUGAUCUUUUUAAUUUUAUUGCCAUAAUCCUUAUUAUGGGAAUAAACAAGCAGCCAAGAGUACAAGAUUAUUGGUCUUCCGAUCCUAUACUAGGGAACGAGCAAGUGAAACUAACGAUGACAAGGAGGAGAUUUUUGGAAAUUUAUAAAUUUUUCCAUCUCUCAGAUCGAGAAAAUGAAAUUUCUAAAGACGAUUUAUCAUUUUAUAUGAUGCAAAAAUUGGAUCCUUUCAUGACAUGUCUGAGGUCAAAUUUUCAAAAGUACUUUGAACCAUAUACUCAUUUAUCUGUAGAUGAAGCUAUGGUGAAAUACAAGGGUAGACUGGGCAUAGUGCAAUAUAUGCCAAAUAAACCGGUCAAAAGAGGCAUUAAAGUUUGGACUUUGUGCACCUCUUUUUUUGGAUAUGUUUAUAAUUUCGAACCUUAUUGUGGAAAAAAAGAUAAAUUACCAAGAAGUGAAAAUGGACUUGGUUAUAGUGUAGUAACUUUCUUAACUGAAAAUCUAUCUAAAGGGCAUCAUCUAUAUAUUGAUAGAUUCUAUUCGAGUGUUGUGCUAAUGAAAGAUUUAUUUCAUCAUGGAACAUAUGCUACUGGAACAGUUAAUACAAACCGGAAAUUUCUUCCUCCAAAAUUAAAUAAAGUAAAACUUGUGACAAAUGGCUCUUCGAAAUGUUUCCAGUGUGUUGAAGAGCCAAACCUAACAUGCACUGUUUGGAAGGACAAAAAAGAAAUUUUUCUUCUUUCUAAUGGUGUGAAGAACGAAAUUACAUCUGUCAAGCGAAGAAUAGGCGGAAAUGUGUGCUACGUAACCUGCCCAAAAGCUAUUGCAGAAUACAACAAACAUAUGGGAGGAGUAGACUUAGCGGAUCAGAACAGAAAGUAUGUGAAAGAUAGUGAAAUGCUUUACAGAACUACUUUCUACAAUAAAAGUACUGGGGAAACAUUAUCUGCUCCUUUGAAGAAGUCCAGGCUGAAAGAAAAUGUUGUGCCAAGGAUUUUUCCUGGCUGUCCAACAUUCUCAAUUCGAGAGAGUCCUUCAAAAAAGAGGCAACGAUUAGAACAAGUUCAAAUUGAACGUUCCAUUAUUGAAAGCUUAAAUUCCAAACAGAAUUAUGACAGCAAGACUGCAUUUACUUUUUCUUUUCUCCUUUUCCUUUACUUUUUCCUGCUUUACUCCUUUUGGACUAUUAUUGAAAAGAAUGAAAAUGUUAUUCAUCCACCUAUCUGUUAA